UGUCCAAUAACGAAUACAUGUAGAUUGUUUACAACAUACUGAGAGUUGCAUAUAUUAGGACCGACGCAUAAAGAAGAGAAUCUGUAUUACGAUGACGAUCGCCAUAAUGCCAAAUUUGAAGCUGAUCAUCAUGAUUCUGUUUUCAGUCACUAUUGGGUCUGCUUACGAAAACGAAUACACAAACGAAUAUGCCGUGCACGUCAGAGGCGGACCAGAAGUAGCAGACAAUCUGGCUGUAAUGUAUGGUUACAGAAAUAUUGGGCAAAUUGGUUCCUUGAAAGACCAUUACUUGUUCGAACACAGCGACGUUCCCCGGAUUGCUAAGAGGCCUGCUACUGGACCACAUACUCGUUUAAAUGACGAAGAGAACGUACAAUGGAUGGAGCAACAAAUGGUCAUAAAAAGAGAGAAGAGAGAUAUGAUGAACAACUUCACAGAUCCCUUAUGGUCUGAUGAGUGGUACAUUAACAGGGACGGAGUCACAAUGAAAGUUCAGGAAGCAUGGGAUGCUGGUUACACCGGAAAGGAUGUUGUUGUCACAAUCGCAGAUGAUGGCCUCGAAAUUGACCACCCCGAUUUGAUAGGUAAUUAUGACCAAGAGGCUAGCAUAGACCUUAAUGACCGGGACAGUAACCCUUACCCGAGGUCCACACCAGACGAUUAUAAUAACCAUGGAACAAGAUGUGCUGGUGCAGUAGCCAUGAUGGCUAACAACAGUAUAUGUGGUGUGGGGAUAGCAUAUAAUGCCCGCAUUGGUGGUAUCCGUAUUUUGGAUGGCAAAGUUACGGAUUCAGUUGAGGCGUCUGCACUAAGCUAUCAACCCCAACACGUGGACAUUUAUAGUUCGAGCUGGGGACCGACCGAUGACGGAGAAACACUUGAAGGACCUGGUCGUCUUGUAACCCAAGCUUUAUAUGAUGGCGCAACUAAUGGUCGCGGUGGAAAAGGGUCAAUUUAUGUGUUGGCAGCGGGUAAUGGAGGGGUUGUGGACGACUGCAACUGUGAUGGUUACCAAGCCAACAUAUAUACUGUGAGCAUUACCAGUGCCACUGAGAAAGGAACUAAGCCAUUUUAUACAGAGUCAUGCGCUUCAGCACUGGCCACAACUUACAGUAGCGGGGACGCAGGAGAAAGACAAAUCUGUUCCACAGAUGAACAUCAAAAAUGCACAAAACAUCACACUGGA